AUGGGUUCCGUUGGUCAGGAGAUCCUUCAGGGCGAGGGCAGCGCCAUGCCCGCCUUCCUCAGCACUGAACCGCCUGCGGACAUGAACUGGCAGAUUACCCUGAAGGACAAGAUCAUUGCCAUCACUGGUGCAAACCGCGGCAUCGGUCUGGGCAUUGCUGAAGUCUGCCUCGCCAACUCGGCCAAGGCCGUCUACUCCCUGGACGUGCUUGAGCCCGGCGAGGAGUUCUUCGCCCUGCAGAAGCGCCACCCGCAUUUCAAGCACAUCCACGUCGAUGUUACCAACGAGAACAGCAUCGAGGCUGCCCUCGAUGCCAUCAUCGAGGCCGAGGGCUCCUUCCACGGCCUGGUCGCCAACGCCGGCAUGACCAAGCACCAGCCCGCCCUGGAGUUCAGCCGCGCACAGGUCGAGCAGCUCUUCACCCUCAACGUCUUCGGCGCUUUCUCGUGCGCCCAGGCCGCUGCCCGCCGCUUCAUCAAGCUCGGCGUCAAGGGCUCCAUCGUCUUCACCGCAUCCAUGACCUCCUACCGCCCCAACAGGGCAGCACCCAGUGCCCCCUACGGCGCUACCAAGGGCGCCGUUCGCAACAUGACGCACACUCUCGCCAUGGAGUGGGCCAAGCACGGCAUCCGCGUCAACUCCAUCUCGCCCGGUUUCGUGCGCACCGCCAUGACCUACUACGUCGAGAAGAGCCCUGAUUGGCCCGACAAGAUGAAGAACUACGGCGGUAUGCCGCGUUUGGCCAACCCCCAGGAGCUGGGCGGCGCCUACGUCUACUUGCUGAGCGAUGUGGCCAGCUACACCACCGGCAUUGACAUCCCGAUUGCCGGUAUUGUGGGCGCGUGGUAA